AUGAAGUUUGCUUCAUUCAUUUUUGCCCUUCUUUCCCUCUCCGCUGUUAAAGCUCAGAGCGUUCGUGGCAGAAAGGACCAAGGAGAGAAACAUGCCAGUGCCAAAGUAGGCAGAGCUCAGGUGGAAUACCAUUCCGAUCCUCGUGCUGGUGGCGUGAAGGACACCCGCACGGAUGAUCGUCACAAAGUUCGUUACGGACACGAUCAAGGAGAGAAGCAUAGUCGUACCAAAGUAGGCAGAGAUAAGGAACCCAAUUCAGAUCCUCGCGCUCAUUAUCCUUCUGGAGACUACAACUCUGCAGACAACGACCAUGGUACCCAUGAUCCUUCUGCAGACUACAAUUCCGCAGAUUACGAUUACGGAAACCAGUAUCCGUCUGAAGACUACAACUCCACAUACUACGAUUACGGAACGCAGUAUCCUUCUUCAGACUACAAUUCCGAAGACUACGAUUACGGAACUCAGUAUCCGUCUGAAGACUACAACUCCGCAGACUACGAUUACGGAACGCAGUAUCCUUCUUCAGACUACAACUCCGCAGACUACGAUUACGGAACGCAGUAUCCUUCUUCAGACUACAAUUCCGAAGACUACGAUUACGGAACGCAGUAUCCGUCUGAAGACUACAACUCCGCUGACCACGAUUACGGAACGCAGUAUCCUUCUUCAGACUACAAUUCCGCAGACUACGAUUACGGAACUCAUUAUCCUUCUGGUGGCACCCAAUCUGGCACUUGCGAUGACAUUGAUGGUUGGGUCGACUUUGUUGGUGACGGCUGUGAUUGGUAUGAAAAGUUUAAAGAUGAAAAAGCUUGUGGCUUAUGUGACGUUGAUCCGGUUGGUCCCUCUGGCAAGACAGCCUGCGAAGCUUGCUGUAUUUGUCAUUAA